AUGAUACAUUGGCCAACACUGGUGAUUGUGAGUUGUUGCUGCACAAUACGGCUUCAUUAAGUUUUUCACUUUAUUAAUGCCGCGUUGCCGCCGCGCAUUGAAAAUUUAGGAAGAAUUAUAAUUUCCUUCAAUUCGGUCGAUAAUGCCAGAGCACUGUGUUUGAGUCUUCACAUUCAAGUAUAGCAACCACAACAACAACAACAGCAACAUAAAAAGAGUAUAAAAAUGGGACAAAAGGUGUCGCGCAACGACUUCGAAUGGGUUUAUACGGAAGAACCGCAUGCAUCGCGUCGCAAGAUUAUACUCGAGAAAUAUCCGCAAAUCAAGAAACUGUUUGGCCAUGAUCCCAACUUUAAGUGGGUGGCCGGUGCGAUGGUUUUGACUCAAAUACUGGCGUUAUUCAUUGUCAAGGACUUGUCAUGGCCAUGGCUAAUAGUGUUGGCCUAUUGCUUUGGCGGCAUUCUGAAUCACUCGCUCAUGUUGGCCGUGCAUGAAAUAUCCCAUAAUCUGGCCUUCGGACACAGUCGCCCCAUGCACAAUCGGAUUUUGGGUUUCAUUUGCAAUCUACCCAUCGGAUUGCCCAUGAGCAUAUCGUUUCGAAAAUAUCAUCUGGAACAUCAUCGUUACCAAGGCGACGAAGUUAUUGACACAGAUAUUCCCACAUUGCUGGAGGCACGAUUGUUUGACACGACCUUUGGUAAAUUCUUGUGGGUGUGCCUGCAGCCAUUCUUCUAUAUAUUCCGUCCGCUGGUGAUCAAUCCAAAGCCACCGACACGCCUUGAAAUCAUCAAUACGAUCAUUCAGUUAUCCUUUAAUGCUGUCGUUGUUUAUUUCUUUGGCUGGAAAGCGAUGGCGUAUUUGUUAAUUGGCUCUAUUCUGGCCAUGGGAUUGCAUCCAGUGGCGGGACACUUCAUAUCGGAGCAUUAUAUGUUUGCAAAGGGCUUUGAAACGUAUUCAUAUUAUGGACCACUCAAUUGGAUUACCUUUAAUGUGGGCUAUCACAAUGAGCACCACGAUUUUCCGGCUGUGCCUGGCUCCCGAUUGCCAGAGGUGAAGCGCAUUGCCAAGGAGUUCUACGACACGAUGCCGCAGCACACAAGCUGGACACGUGUGCUCUAUGACUUUGUGAUGGACCCAGCUGUGGGCCCUUAUGCGCGUGUCAAGCGCCGACAGCGUGGAUUGGCCUCCUAAAGAGCCAGAUCAAUGAUUUUACUAGCGGUUUCCCGGCAUUAUGUAAUCUCAGCGUUUAGACCUAGAAUAAAAGCACAACAUCAACAUCAUCAACAAACAAGAGGCCGACUAAUCCUGUCCUGUAUUUUACAGGGAUUGCACUGGAUGUUUAAUAAGCAUAUUUAUUGUAUAUGUGCUGCUAAGUUGGAAAGGCAAUUGUUAAGCCUUGUUUACUAUUUUUGUUACCUCAGCACUUUAAUUGAUCGCCUGUUAAAUUUAGUAUGUAAAUUGUCAACUUUAUUUAGUUUUUUCUAAAUAUGUAUUUAUAAAUUGUAAAAUG